AUGAAGGAAAAUGAAUAUGUUGUGGAUUAUAUUUCGAGAGUUUUGGCUAUUGUCAAUCAAAUGAAAAGAUAUGGUGAAGAGUUGAAAGACGAUAGGGUCGUGGCAAAAAUACUACGAUCCUUAAUUUCAAAUUUUGAUUUUAUUGUUGUUGCCAUUGGAGAGUCCAAAGACUUGGACACCAUGACCAUAGACGAGCUUUCGAGUUCCUUGCAAGCACAUGAAGAGAAGUUGAAGAAACCGAAAGAAGAAUCGGUUGAACAAGCGUUGCAAGCAAAAUUUUCUUUCAAAGAGAAAGAUGAAAGGCGUGGCUCGCAACAAAGAGGCCGUGGAAAUGGAAGAGGUCGUGGUAGAGGCGGAAGAGGAGAUAACUUUGAAGAGAAAAAUAAUUUCGUGGAGAGCAAAAAUGAAGAUGAAGAUGCCACCUUGCUUCUUGCAUGCAAAGGAGAAGAAAGUGCCGAGAAGCACCGAUGGUACCUUGAUUCCGGUGCAAGUAGCCAUAUUUGUGGAAAGAAGGAUUUAUUUGUGGAACUUGAAGAGUUGAAUCGUGGCACAAUCACUUUUGGAGAUUCUUCACGUGUUAAAAUCAAAGGAAAAGGUACGAUUUUAAUUCGCUUGAAGGAUGGAAGUCAUCAAUUAAUUUCUAAUGUUUUAUAUGUGCCGGAGAUGAAAAGUAACAUUUUGAGUUUGGGACAACUUUUGGAGGAAAAUUAUGACAUUCAUUUGAAAGAUAAAAAGUUGUUUGAGAGAUGA